UCAGAUGCAAAAUAGGACUCCAUUUUAGAAAGUCAAAUGCGUCCCCCCAGACUGAUAACUCCAUCCAUUAUUUCACUUCCCACCUCCAACAUUUGUCUUGCCAAUAACUCCUUAAUUCCUCUUCCCUCUUCCUCUCCAGAUUAUGAUCCAUUUCUGUAUCUCUCUACACCACCACACGUUUUCUUGAUCCCCAGAUGAAAUCAAAUAACCUCUUUCCCAUCCUUUCGUCACCCACUUUUCCUCUGUUGAAUCUAUGCAUAUUCCUCAUCCUCUCUUCUCUUCUACCAAGAAAAUCCCAAGGUGCAGUCGACCCUUCCUUCCAACUAUGCAGUGCUGAGCCUGAAACCUGUGGCGAUGGGCAACCCAUCGAGUUCCCAUUCCGCAUCCGAAACAAGCAAAACAGGUCUUGUGGGUAUCCUGGAUUCGAGCUCUCUUGCAACAACCGUGGCCAACCCACCAUCAAUAUCCAAAGUAACGACUAUAUCAUCCGCAACAUUUCCUAUGAAACCCAAAUCCUUCGCGUCUCAAACUCUGACUUUUGGAAUUCAACCACCGGGACUACUUGUAUUCCUUUAACUCAAAACAUAUCCCUUCCUGGUGCCCGGUUCGAGCUAGCACCGUUCCAAACCCAUGUGAAUCUGCUUUAUGGUUGCAACGCUUCGACACUAGAGAGUACUUCAAGGUUUUCAUAUCCUGGUUGUGAUCAUGGGGAAAACAAAAACAGUUCGGUUCUGGUCCUACCUGCAAACGACCCAAAGCUAAGGAACGUAUCGAAGGCGUGCACAGCUCGGGUGGUAGCACCCGUACUUGAACCUUAUGAGCGUGAGAAUAUUGGUGAUGGAAUUGAAGGGGUCCUGAGAAAUGGAUUUCGGGUGAAAUGGAAGGCCAGCGGGUGCAGCAUUUGCCAGGAAAGUGGAGGGCGGUGUGGAUUCAAUUACAGCGAGUGGCAUUUCAAGUGCUUCUGCCCUGAUAGACCUCAUGCUUCGCGCUGCAUUUCUGGUGGAUAAAAAAGAUGUGGAGGGAACUGGGAAGGAAGAAGAAAAUAGUUAGUUUCUGAUGGCGUUUUCCCGUAGGAAGUUGAAGGUUCAGAUAAGAUAGAGCGAGACAAGCAUAUACCCAUGUUUUCAAAUUAAGCAUCAGUGCAACCAAGUCCAAUCAAACACACCCAGAUUGAAAUGACAAAACUGAGAAUAUUAUAGUGGUGUAGUGGAGGCUACUAGCAGUAUUGCUCCUACACGGCUUCACCAUCGCCAAUAUCGCCACCAUCGCCAAGUCGCUUAUAUGUUUCUUUGAUCCUUUCCAUCUUGUUCUUCAAUCAUGUCGUCCCCGCCUAAUGGGUUUUCAGAACUCUUUUAAUUAGCUUUUACACCUAGAAAAUGCCCAUAGUUUGGCUGUGACUACCCAAGUUUUGGAACUGCCUGUAAGCAAAUUGGUAAGCCCUUUUUCCACCAUCUCCAAAGGGCGCUCCUUUUUAUACGACCUCCAGCUUCAUUGAUUCGUUCUCUGCUCUCUCCUUCACGGUGAUCUCUGAUCUUUUGAUCGGCCUUCCCUUGGAUUCACUCGCAACCAUUCUGACCUGCUCUUCUUUUGUAACUUCACAGCCUAGAUUUCUGUUGGUUAUGAGAAAUCCUUAGUCUUGGGUGCUUCCGGUGCCGCACAUAUAUAGUUCGUUUCUUUGCGCUGGUAAGGUCAAGGACUUGAAUGGGAGUGGUGGUCGAUGUGGGUUUGUAAAGAGACAAUUUACCAGCCAGCAUUUUUCGAUUAUGGAAGACACGGUGUUCUUAUUAAAUCAUGAAGUAUUAUGUUGUUAAGAUUAUUAUAUUAAUAUUAAAAUUUAAUGACAUGACAUGAUAUUAUAGCAGAAGAGUAGCAUCUGUCUAUAUUUCUAGAAUAUCUAAAGUGCAUGACAUUGCCCCCAUGGAACCCAUCACAGAAGCUGCCAUGGCAGCAAUUAAGGCUGCUACAGAUCGUUCUGCUGUAAGCUUUCUUUCUUUUUAGCUUUGACAUGAUUCAUGUUAGAAGAAUAGAAGCAGCUUAGGAAACCUUCUAAUUGAGCCUAGCAUUUCUAUUGCACAAAUGCACAUGACACCACUUUGGUCUUCAUAAGUUGGGUUUAGCAACACAACUUGCCAAGAGCCCAUUGCUUGAACAGUAGGCCUGAUAAACUUUACACCCCGAACUCUAAUUGAAUGGGUUUAAGCCUUUAAGCUGCAUCUUUAUUUAUAUAGGUAGGCCCAAAAAAUGGGUAGCAAUCCCUGCUAAUAAUGUUGACUUCGGCCAGGUGACCUGUAUGCCCCUAAAAUCAAAUUUUGCGGUGGUCCAGCCUGAGUGUGUUUAUUCCCCUUCAGCCUCUAUUUGUGACCCAUUUGUGUACACACUAAUAAACUUUUAGCAAACAGAAAAUAAAUCACUGCAACUGUUAUAGUAAUUUCUUUCCCAACUUCUUGUAUCAGAUUCCUUUUUCCUCCGCCCAGACUCCUGUACAUUAGUCUUCACGAGCUAGUAUGUAUAUUAUUAGGUGCUGCAUGUGAGUAAAGAAAAUUUGUACUUGUUUUAAUAGGCUUUUAUGUGUACGACUUCUAGUCAUCUAAGUACUUAUAUCCGGUUCUUAGUAGAUUUGGUGUUAUUAUGGUACUUUCAAUUAGGAAAGCCACUUUCGAUUGUCUCCUCCUACAUCUUUUAUUCAUAAAAAUUUCAUAUACAUGCUGGAUCGAAGAUAGAUGCUGUUUAGUCAUGUAUGUUGUGUAAGAUGUCUGAGAUAAAAGACCACUAGUUUCUUCUUUCUUCCUUUCGUUUCACCUUUGGUCUGUAGUAGACUAGUGUGUUGCUAAUUUAUUUAAAACUAAAUGAUAUUAUGAGGAUACACAAUUUUUAUGGCAUUCGAUAUUAUCUCUCACAUAUCUAUUUUCAAAACGGUGACAAAGGAGCAAUAUUUAUGUGAACACACCUACACCUAGUAUAGAGCAAGCCCACUGAAAAAGAAAAUAAGUGUAGACAAAGAUUGAUUGAAAUCUGAAAAUAUACUAUGUAAUUAAACCCAUUUAUCUGUUUUGUUUAGAACUUACUCCAGAGACAAAUGUCAAAUACAAAACUCGAAUAGGUCAGAGAAAUGAACAGGAAACCCAUCCCUCCAUCUAAGGCAUGUGCGUGUGAGAGAGAGAGAGAGAGCCCAGAGAAUGCUGAAUUCUGACCUUAAAGCACACAUCCAAGACUUUGCCGCCAUCGUUUUCCCUCGUCAAUACGUUCUCAUCACGCCGUCUCCUACUUCCCUCGAAAAGUCUCCUACAAAACUCAGUCUUUGAUGCCAAAGUCAUACCAAAUCGAAUGACCAGUACGUCCACGUCCCUGUAGUAUCCACCACGUUUAGGUUUUCUAAAGAUGCAAAUUGCUUCUCCACUCUGAAAAAUAGUCUAAUUACAAAGAUAUUAUAUAAAAAUAAUUUUAUAAAUAUUUAAAAUAAUUCGUCAAAUUAUAAAAUUAUUUUUAUUAUAAAACAAAUUUAA